GUGAACUCUUCAAUGUUGAACUCGUUAUCAAAGUAAGCCCGGAUCAGAAAGUAGUAUAUUCGGGUGCGAAACCAGAUAAAAGGAUUCGGGAUGCCGACCACCACCAGCUUCUGGUUCGGUUUCUGUGCGCCGCCGUCGGAGCUGUACGGCCGGCCCGACGCUCCCACGGCCGCAGGGGAGGGAGGAGGUAGCCGGCCUUUACAGGACCGGCUCAGGAUGAUACUUUCAUUCAAACAUAGACGACGCAGACCGGCCGUCCUGAGAGGCACGUGUCUUGGACCAUGCUUGGAAAAGUGGACGGUGGAGUAUCUGGGACAGAGAGGGGGAGACAAGGAAGUGAAGAUCCACGUGUCCACUGUGCCGCAGAUGGACUUCCUUCACAAAAACUUUGCGUACAAGACUCUGCCAUUCAAUGAGUUUGUGAAAAGGGCGUCAGAAAAAACACACUCUGACUUCUUCCUGUGUGAGGACGAGAGCUAUUAUCUUCGAUCACUGGGAGAGGAUGUUCGAAAGGAACCUGCUGAUCUGAGCAAACAGUUCCCGGACUUGGCAGAGGAUUUUCACAUCCCAUCGUUCUUUGAACCCGAUCAGUUUUUCUCCAGUGUGUUCCGCAUCAGCUCCUGUGGUCUGCAGCUGUGGACGCACUACGACGUGAUGGACAACCUGCUGGCUCAGGUGACGGGGAGGAAGAGAGUGGCUCUCUACAGCCCCCAGGAUGCAUUGCACCUCUACCUGUCGGGUGAUAAAUCGGAGGUGCUGGACAUCGACUCCCCAGACCUGAAUCAGUUUCCUGAGUUUGUGAAGGCGAAGAGAUACGAGUGUGUGCUGGAGCCCGGGGAUCUACUUUUUAUCCCUGCCCUGUGGUUCCACAACACACUGGCCCUGCAGUUCGGUGUGGGCGUAAAUGUGUUCUGGCGCCAUCUACCUGCCGACAGCUAUGACCGAAAGGACCCGUACGGUAACAAAGACCCCGCGGCCGCGACUCGAGCCCUGCAGGCGCUGGAAAGGGUGCUACACACUCUGGACGAGCUCCCGGUGGACUAUCGGGACUUUUACGGGCGCCGAAUGGUACAGCGCAUUCAAAAACGGACGUACUGUGACGGUCUGUCGAGCACAACUACGCAGGAAGGAACAUUACCCAGCAGCCAAUUCACCAAACCUGGAUGAGGGUCCAGAGAAAUAAACCAAUAAAACAACGGUGUUACAACCAUGUCAUGCUUUGAUUGGUUGGUUUGACUUUCAGAUUGGAGGUUAAAUGUGAUUAUGUCAGAGCAUGUGAACGUUUGGAUGAAUAUGAGGCAAUAGACUGUAUAUAAAAAGUGGACAUAGUCAUAGUGACGUCAUCCAUUGGUUUGUGGACUGCCGUUAUGAGGCCUCAAGUUUAGCGAAUUGGCCGUCGCCAUCUUGCUUUUUGUAACCAAUUAACGGAGGUUCCCAUAUUUGGAAUGCAGAGGAGUGACGUAGAGACUCAGUAUAUGGCUCUGGUAGCAACAGCGACCUGUCAAUCACAGUCAGCUUGCCCUAAGCAAAUUGUCUAUUUUACACUAAAUUGACCAUAAUUCACUAAAUGAACAUCAUGCUGUAUUGAAGAAGACUUGAAACUAGAGAUUGAGACCAUAAACUCAUGUUUAUAAUGUUUACUGAGGGAAUAAAU